AGAGAACAGAGAAUCAGUUUGAAAAAUGUAAUUGCUAAAUGGACAUUGAAUAGUUUUGAAUUUCCCGCGUUUUCUAGGUUUAACAAAUUCUCCGAAAUUUGGACUAGCUUCCUGGUUGUGUUAUCAAUAUAUACCGCGAUGACUUCCUGUGUAUAUUCCUGUGAUAGGUGAGCGACAGAAGUUAGAAGCUGGCGAAAUGUUACCUUCCUAGGGUAUCACGACCUGUACUUGGUCCGGACGGUUACAACUGGACAGGUGUGGACGGAGGGACUAACAGUAGCAGCGACUGUCCUAAAUGGUCAGCGCGAGACACAGAUAAGAGCACCUUACCCUGUAACAAUGGCAGACCUAACUAGUACGACUGUUGCGGUGACGACCUCCAUCCGCACGACCCCCCCCAGCACCAGCACUGUAGAAGAUGGUAACACUACAGCUACGAUCUCAUCGACCACUCAAACAUCGACUGAGCUCAUCAGCAGUACUAAUGCUACAUCGACCACCAUCAGUACCACCCCUGGGGGCGAGGAGCCUAAUCAUGUUGGAGCUAUUGUAGGAGGAGUUGUUGGGGGCAUCCUGAUGCUACUGGUCAUUGCUGCAGUCGUGAUUUUCAUUUUUCGAUGGAAGCGCCGUAAAAGGAAAAAACAAAAUGAAAAAUCGAAUAAUUUACAAGUGCUCCCCCCUUCUGUUUCUGAUUUAGUAAAUAUGGAAACUAUGAAUUAUAAAGAUGAAAGGAAAAGGUCAAAAAAACCAACUCCAGUGGUCGUAUCAAUCACACAAUCAUUCAACGAGCCACAUUAUGAAAAUAAAGAACCCUCGUAUGUAAAGCCUGAACCCCCAACGCGUGAUAUAUACAGUGGGCCUGAUAAUAUUGAGUACUACAUGGGGAAUGACACCACUACUACAAACGAAGAACCCACAGAGAUGUACAGUGACGCAGAUACCCCAAACCUACGUCAAACCAAAAAUUUUCCCAGUGAAGAGGCACCAAAGCCUCCCAAUACUAACUCUGUGUUAGAAACAAGUAAAGAACAGGAACCAAGAGAUUAUGAAAAUGUUCCCAAAAAAAGAACAGAACCACCGAAAGCUGAUCCGACACAAACUAGUGAAGUUGAGGAGGAUGAAGAACAGACUGUGUAUGAAAAUCAGAAGUGAUUUGAUAUAGUAACCCUUUCACCCCUAUGUAACUUGAGUAGACUCUACCAUGCAUUGAUAUGGAUGAGUCCAUUAUGGUCUACAGUGCUGAAAGGAUUAAUCAGUUUGGCUGUAUGUGAUUGUCCAAUUCAGUAUGUUCUUGGUUCAGUUUGGAGAAGAAUGUCUUAUAACCCUUUCACCCCUAGGUAACUUUAAUAGAGUCUUCCAUGCAUUGAUAUGGAUGAGUCCAUUAUGGUCUACAGUGCUGAAAGGAUGAAUCAGUUUGGCUGUAUGUGAUUGUCCAAUUCAGUAUGUUCUUGGUUGAGUUUGGAGAAGAAUGUCUUUUAAUCCCCUAUACAUUUGGUAGUGUGGUAAAUGACAGUUCGGUCCAAUAAAUGUAUCAUACAGUUGGAGUUUACACUCUUCUGUAAUCCCUGUGUGAUAUAAUAAUUUACAGUUAACUAUAAACAUGCUUGUCAUCAUUAAACUAUGUGGUUAUAUAAGUUAUAUGGACAGAGAUCAAAACAAAACAAAAAGGUUUACUGAGUAAUAAUGAUUGAUUAAAACUCAUAUUGAGAUCCUAAAAACAGUAUUUAAUUAUUUUCAUUUCAGAAUAUUUCAUUGUACUGAUUUUAUGUUGCAUUCAAUUUAAGGUUUCAUAUCCUGUCAGGAUAUCAGGAUAAUCCAUUAUUUAAAGUUUGUCCAUAUAAUUGAUUUGCUAAUAAAACAUUUACAGUGCUAUCAAAACCACAGGAACAUGUCGUCUUUAUAUAGACACUGUAUUGUCGAUUUUUAUAUUCAGCUUUAUCGCAUGUGACAUGUUCCUGUAAUCAAAACCUCUCCGUGUGAAAGGUUGGUAUAAUGUAAACCAUGUUUUCACAUGUCUUAUCAUUGACUCAGUAUCUCGAGAUGUACCCAUUAUUUUUGUACCUAAACCCUUUCACCCCUAUGCCUUUUUCGUAGACUCGACCAUGUAUUGAUAUGGAUGAGUCCAUUAUGGUCUACAGUGGUGAAAGGGUAAAUAGACACAUAUCAGUCUGUUCCUUUACAUUCUUUAUUGGAACUUUGCUUUGCCAUUAGUUGUCAGUGAUUAUGAAAUAGAAUACAAGUUAUACAUUAUUAUCUAAUAAGUAUUUUUUUAUUUUUUUUUAUCAAUUUUUCCUGGUUAUCAUAAGGUCCCUUAUGGGUUACAAAUCCCCUGUAUUUACAUGUAAAAAAAAAGUAUUGGUGAUUUAAUUGAUGGUUUAAUGAUAGUCAAAAUUCAUAUAUUUCAACAAACAAUUUAAAAAAGUGAAAAUAUAUGAAUUUUAUAACCCUUAUCGGUGUUCUUAAUUGUAAAUAAUAUAUUUAUUAAUAAAUUAUUAUACAACAUUUGUGUUAAUGUAUGGUUUUACUGAAGCAAGUCCAUUUGUUAUUUCCUUUUUGCUAUUUUGUAUCAAUACGUGAAAUUUGGCAAAUUCACAUUAUCAAAUUACCAUUCUAUAUAUAAAAUUGUGGUAAGCUAAUGUCAGUUUUACAGAAAGUAGUAGGCAAAUUAAGAGUUUUGUUUAGGUAUGGCAUGCAUGUAUUCCAUUUUUUUUAUGACAUUUGGAUAAAAUCAAGUUUCUGUUAAAAUGAUGCACAUAGUCCUAUUAACCUGGCAUUUUUUGACAAAAACUGUUCCACUGUGUAACACAUUCCAGUAGUUUGGUCUCAAAAAACAUGCAAACUGAUUUUGAAAUUUUACUUAUUGAAUGAGGAAAGAGAUUCUUAGCAUGACAACGUUUCAGCUCAUUCUGCUAUCAUAUCUUGGCAGAUCCCUGGAAAGAGGACGAUUGUAUUUUUAAGACAAGUUAACAUUAUUUACAAUGAUAGGAAAGAUGUUUCUGGUAGACCAGGGUUAGUUAUUGCUGCAUUAUAACAGGUUUCAAGUAGCAAUAAUGUACAAAUAGAACUUGACUUGUAGAUAAUUUUUGAAUAUUCAUCAUGGACUAACUGUACUGAAAAUCCAAUAAAAAAAAGGUUGAAUCUAA